AUGGAGUCCGCGGGCGACUGGUGUCUUAUCGAAAGUGAUCCUGGCGUGUUUACGCAACUGAUUAAGAAAUUUGGUGUUAAGGGUGUCCAAGUGGAAGAGAUGUGGACUUUUGAUGACAGCAUUUUUGAUAACUUGAGACCUGUCCAUGGAUUGAUAUUUCUGUUCAAAUAUUUGCAACACGAUGAACCUCCACAUCCCGUUGUCAAGGACAGUCGAUUGGAGAAAAUAUAUUUUGCUAAACAGGUGAUAAACAAUGCAUGUGCGACACAAGCUGUUGUAAGUCUCCUGUUGAAUUGCAACCAUCCAGAUGUCAUAUUAGGACCGGAGUUGACGAAGUUAAAGGAAUUCAGUAUGUCAUUUGAUCCACGAAUGCGCGGUCUGACACUAAGCAAUUCCCAGACCAUAAGAAGUGCACAUAACUCUAUGUCUCAACAAGCUUUGUUUGAAUUCGACCCAAAAGUUCCUACUAAGGAUGAAGAUGCUUACCAUUUCAUUGGUUAUAUGCCAAUUGAUGGACGGCUUUAUGAACUAGAUGGACUCCGGGAGGGACCCAUCGAUCAUGGACCGAUUGCUCCGGAACAAGAUUGGUUGGAUGUUGUUCGUCCCAUUAUUGUGUCUCGCAUUAAUGUAUAUACAGAAGGUGAAAUACAUUUUAAUCUAAUGGCUCUCGUAUCGGAUAGAAAAAUGAUAUACGAGAGACAAAUACAGGCGCUCAUGAGCGAGACCAGGAUGCUGGGCAUGGAGACGGAUGACGUGGACGUUGAAAUAAGAAGAUUGCGUAUGCUAAUAGAAUACGAAGACGCCAAAAUGUUGAGAUACAACCAGGAGAUGUUGAGGAGACGCCACAACUACUUGCCGUUCAUCAUCACGCUGCUCAAAAUAUUGGCGGAGGAAAAGAAGUUGUCGCCUCUGUUGGAAAAGGCGAAGGAGCGCGCGCUCAAGAAGGGGCCCAAGAAAGUGAAAUCCAGCCCCUCGCGGGUGCUGCCGCCCUCCGAGCACAUGCAAUAUUCAUUAGCAGAUUUAGAUUCUAUAUUUAGAGAGCCUCAAGAGCCUCCCAGCCAGAUGGAGCCGCAGGACGCUUUGCAGCAGAGCUUAUUAGAACCACCCGCCGACAUGGACAUGUUGGCCACCGACGACUUCCUCAAGGACGUCGUCCUCGACACCGGCUUCGAGCACGACCUCAUAGACGUUCAUGAUAUAUUUGACGAAAAUAUGAUACCGACCGACGAGUUCCCACACGACGACAUCCUAGACCCCGACGAACUGCUCAUCACAGACUUCAUGCGCAAUCCAGCCCCCGAAGAAGAACGCGAUGCGGAAUAG